UAUGAUGAAGCAUUAACUGUGAAUCCAAGUGGAGUGGAAAUCAUAAACUGUUUGGGACUGGUACUCAACAAGCUUGGGCGAAGAGAUUUGGCUCAGAAGGUUCUUCAGGAUGCAGUCCAGAUACAGAGUACCAGCCACAAAGCCUGGAACAGCCUUGGAGAAGUCCUUCAUGCUCAGGGCAAAAAUGAAGCUGCUGUUGAGUGCUUUCUGACUGCUUUGGACCUUGAAUCCAGCAGCCCUAUAAUUCCAUUUACAGUUAUUCCAAGGGAAUUGUGAAUGUUUAGUAUUAACUCAUCAAAUGUGUUAUGUGGAGAGGUUUAGAUGAUAAGCAGUCAGUUUACAGGUGUGUGUGUGAGUGUGUAUGUGUGUGUGUGAAUAAGAAAAGCUUUAUUCAUGGUAAUGAUUCUGUUUCAAGAAUAUCACAUUUUAAGCUGAUUCAGUACCAGAUUCUAGCUUAGUUCAUACGUAGCAUUAAGCUAUAACAUAUCUGUUCAGUUGGGUUAUUUUGUUUUGCUCUGAAGACUAUUUUUGAUCUCCCAUUUGAGAUGUCAGUUAGUCAGACUUCCAAGAGGAGGUCUCAUUGCAUUUUUUAAAGACUUAUAGAUUUUUGGAAAUAUAUGAUUUAAAAAGGGUGAGAAUGUCAGGUGGACACAUUCUUCAUUCUUUGCCUUAAAUUACUGUGGCAUUGGAUAUAAAAA